CUCUCUCUCUCUCUCUUUCUCUCUCUCGGUCCGGCAGUGUCAGGGGCUCCGGCUUUGAAAUUUUCGCAGGUGCGUUUCUAGUGAAUACAUUGAAAAGAUGAAUGAUCUUAUGACAAAAUCCUUCCUCAAUUAUGUGGAACUUAAGAAACAGGCAUUGAGGGAUCUUGAGGCUGGGCCAGACACCAAGCCAGUGGGAUCUGAUCAUGAAGAUGAAGAGAACCUCACCCAAUUUUUCGAAGAGGUCGGUGCAAUCAAGGCUGAAAUGGAAGUUAUCUCCAACCUUCUCCUUGACCUUCAAAGCCUCAAUAAGGAGACCAAAUCCUCACACAGCACGAAAGUCUUUCGAGGACUGAAAGACCGAAUGGAUUCCGACAUGGUCACUAUCCUUCGUAAGGCAAGAAUCAUCAAAGGCAGAUUAGAAGCUCUCGACCAAUCGAAUAUCACUAACCGCAGCGUUUCAACAGCUUACAAGGAAGGUAGCCCGGUUGAUAGGACGAGAAUUUCAGUCACGAAUGGCCUAAGAAGUAAGCUACGGGAGAUGAUGAAUGAUUUUCAGUCAUUGAGAGAACAGAUUGUGUCUGAGCAUAAAGAAGGUCUUAAGAGGAGCCACUUCAACACCUCCAACCUAGAAACCAAUGUAGAGAACAUUGAACAGAUGGUUUCGGCGGGCCAGCAAAUGCAGGUUCUUGAUAGGAAAGAUGAGUUGGAACUAGAAAUUCAAGAGAGGGAGGAGGCUGUAAAACAGAUACAAAGGAGUUUGAUGGAAUUGAAUCAGGUCUUUCUCGACAUGGCCAUUUUGAUUGAGGCACAAGGCGAACAGAUGGAUGAUAUUGAACUGAACGUGGUUCUUGCUGGAAAUUACAUUGGCAGUGGAACGGAACAUCUUGCCUCUGCAAAGGAGAUGAGAAAGAUAGGCAGGAAACGGGUCGGGUGCAUAUGGGCUUUGGUGCUGACACUGAUUUUGAUGCUCGGUGUGAUAUCCAUCCUCAUCAUUGGUUCUUAAAACAAAAGAUCAUAAUGUGGGUGGGCUAGUCUUCUUCUUCUUCUUCUUCCAACGAACAUCCUCAUCGUCAGUUCUUAAAACAAAAGAUUGAUGUGGGUGGGCCCAUCUUCAUCUUCUUCUUCCAACAAACAUCUUCGAAUACUUGCAUGUGCUUUUCUAAACUCAUAUGUUUUGUUCAGUUCUUUUGUGUUGAUUUUCAAUGUUCGUCUAUAUGUUGCCAAGUUUGGUAUGUACUUGAUUUUUUUCCUCUCUACAACAUGAACUAAAUCGUCACAGGCA